GCGCACCGACCUACCAACCGGCUAGCGAGGAGCUCUCUCUCGGACCCCCCCUCUUUCUCUCCCGCCUUGCUCCCUCUUUAUUCCUCCACAUAUAUUCGGUACCGGGUCUUCCGCGGAUAAAUGUAAUCGGAGCUCACAGUGGGGAGACGCUGUUGUUGCUUUUCCACCAUGGAGGACUGUUGUUCCCUGGAAAACGAGAGGAUGGAAGCGUGGCUGGACGACCACUUGGAGUUCACCCAUUCCUACUUUGUCAGAAAGGCGUCAAGGGAGAUGGUGAAUGCCUGGUUUGCUGAACGCAUCCAUUCCUUUCAGCCAUCUGUGUCCAAAGAAAGUCCUUCACAGCAGCGAGCCCACCAGCCCACCACUGACCUUGGCCCUUCCUGUGCCUCCACCAUCCUCCCACCUACCCUCAGCCACUUGGACAACCGCUGUCCAUCCCCAGCUACAGUCUCCAGCCCGGCCCCUGGUACCCCAACUCGCAAAAUCUCAGCGUCAGAGUUUGACCGCCCACUCAGACCCAUUGUGGUUAAAGACUCAGAGGGCUCGCUGACAUUUUUGAGUGACGCUGACCGUGAAAUUGUCCCUGUGAGGGGCUUGGUGAUGGGUGAGGGUGGUAUUGGUGGGGGAGGUGGGAAUGGAUGUGGUGGUGGUCUUGAGGGUGACCGCUGUGCCAGGCUGCUGGAGCUGGUGAAGGAUGUAUCGAGUCAUCUGGAUGUGACAGCGCUCUGCCAUAAGAUCUUCCUCCACAUCAAUGAGCUGAUUGCUGCAGACCGCUACUCACUGUUUCUGGUGGGUGAGGAUAGCUCAAACAGGAAGUUCUUGGUCAGCCGGCUGUUUGAUGUGGCAGAAGGAACCACACUGGAAGAAUCUUCCAGUAACUCUAUCCGACUGGAGUGGAACAAAGGGAUUGUGGGACACGUAGCUUCUACGGGACAACCACUCAAUAUCAAGAAUGCUUACGAGGACCCCAGGUUUAACGCUGAGGUCGACCACAUCACAGGUUACAAAACCCAAAGUAUCCUUUGUCUGCCUAUCAAGAACCACAGAGACGAGGUAGUUGGAGUGGCUCAGGCUAUAAACAAGAAAUGCGGGGACGGUGGAGCCUUCACUGAGCAGGAUGAAAAGGACUUCUCAGCUUAUUUGGCGUUUUCAGGCAUUGUACUACACAACGCACAGCUGUAUGAGACGUCGCAGCUGGAAAACAGACGCAAUCAGGUGUUGCUGGACCUGGCCAGUCUGAUCUUUGAGGAGCAGCAGUGUCUGGAGGUUUUACUGAGAAAGAUUGCAGGAACCAUCCUGUCCUUCAUGCAGGCCCAGGCUUGUACCGUCUUCAUCGCUGACGAGGACUCAAUGAACACUUUCUCCAGCGUCUUUCACAUGGAUUAUGAGGAACUGGUGAAGGACUUUACUGGUGAAGUCCUAGAUGCCCCAAAAAGGGGCCACGAUAACAGCCAGAUUAACUAUAUGUACGCCCAGUAUGUUAAAAACACCAUGCAGCCUCUGAACAUUGCCGAUGUCACCAAGGAGCGCUUUCCUUGGACGGUCUCUCACUCCAGCAAUCAGAUAAAGAGUUUGCUCUGCACUCUCAGGAAUGGCAAGAAGGACAAAGUCAUUGGUGUUUGUCAGUUGGUGAACAAAAUAGAUGAAGUGUCAGGCAGCGUCAAGGCAUUCAACAGAAAUGAUGACCAGUUCCUGGAGGCGUUUGCCAUUUUCUGUGGUCUCGGCAUCCAAAACACACAGAUGUAUGAAACCGUAGAGAGAGCUAUGGCCAAGCAAGAGGUCACGCUGGAGGUCUUGUCGUAUCAUGCCUCUGCUGCAGAUGAAGAAUCACGGGAACUCCAGUUAGCAACCAUUCCAUCAGCCCAGUCGCUCCAUCUUCUGGACUUCAGCUUCAGUGACUUUGACUUGUCAGAUAGUGAAACCACGCUGGCUACUGUGCGGAUGUUUGUUGACCUCCACCUGGUCCAAAACUUUCAGAUGAAGUACACGAGUUUAUGUCAGUGGAUUAUGAGUGUUAAGAAGAACUACAGGAAGAAUGUGGCCUAUCAUAACUGGAGACAUGCCUUCAACACAGCCCAGUGCAUGUUUGUUGUCCUCAAGUCAGGGCACUUACAGAGCUAUAUGAGUGAUUUGGAGGUGCUGGCUCUAAUGAUUGCAACACUCUGCCACGACCUGGACCACAGAGGAGUCAAUAACUCCUACAUACAGAGGAGUGACCACCCACUGGCCCAGCUCUACUGCCACUCCACCAUGGAGCAUCACCACUUCGAUCAGUGCCUCAUGAUCCUCAACAGCCAUGGAAACCAGAUCCUGAGCGGCCUUUCUCUGGACGAGUACAAGGCCACUCUGAAGAUGAUUGAAAGGGCUAUUCUGGCCACCGACCUCGCCCUGUACAUGAAGAGGCGAGGGGAGUUCUUUGAGCUGACCAAGAACAACCAGUUUGUUUGGGAGGAUGAACACCACAGAGACCUGCUGAGGUCAAUGCUGAUGACCGCAUGUGACAUCUCUGCCAUCACUAAGCCCUGGCCAGUACAAAAAAGGAUAGCAGAGCUGGUGGCCACUGAGUUUUUCGAGCAGGGGGAUAAGGAGAGGCAAGAGCUGAACAUUGAACCAAUUGACCUGAUGAAUCGUGAGAAAAGGGAUAAGAUACCAAGCAUGCAGGUGUCCUUCAUUGAUACCAUUUGCAUUCAGUUGUAUGAGACCUUGGCUGGCUUAUCGGAGUAUUGCUCCCCGUUGUUGGAAGGAUGUCAGAAAAACCGGCAGCAGUGGAAGUGUUUAGCCGAGGAGUGUGAGAAGGGGCUUGUCAACGGCUUGGUGUGAUCCAAACACCAGUUUGGUUUUCAUCCAACUCAGAUUUCCAGAGUUCUACAUUUUCAACCUAGUCUCAUUAAAAUUAUCUAAUAGCGUAUUGUGUGGACUGACAGUGAGGUAGAAAAGUAAUUUUCCUAUCAUGAAAUAAAACACUAGCUAUGGUCUGAUAAUAGAAGAGGUCACUUGCCUUGAGCAGUCUUAAUACUUUAAGACUUAAUCUAUUACGGUUGAGGUGCCGCAGUCAGGUUUCACAGCUUGUCUUUCUUUUCCUUGUUGUAAUCUGGAGUUUACUCACCCGGCAAAGCGUUUGCUCAGAUAUAGGAAAAUUACAAACGAUCAUGCAUAGCCAUGCCAAUGAGUACAAGUUAAAAAAUAAAGUAAGAUAGAAAAACAACUGUAAAAACAUCUACAAGUCAGUGAGUUGACUUGUUGGUAAUCUGCAUAGACUUGUCAGCACUUUUCCUGUCUCCCGGAGUAUCAGUAAUUCUUGUGAGUACUUUUCACAACAGAUAAAAAUAGAUAAACUAUGAAAUAACAUCAAAGUUGUACCUUUCCACCCCCACUAUCAAACAUUCGUUAAAAAGUUGUAUGCUAGUUUUACAGCUAAGCCCUACCAUGAACAGAAAGGAAUGAAAUGUGUCCAUAACAAGAAAUCAUGGUCAUUUUAUCCUGUCACCACCAUUUUUUCUCACUCACCAGAGAUAAUAACAAAGUCAGCACUAAGCUAUAUUUAUUACCAUAGACAUUGUUAUUUUUGCAUAGAGUGGCUUUCAUAUUGAUGGUCUCACCUACACUAUCUGUGAAAGGUAGUGAACUUUAGGGAACACUGAAUGGUUAAGCUGCAUACACUGGAAGCUCUACAUAUUUACUUCCAGUUCAUAUGUAUUCUUUAUUCCUAUUGGUAGUUGCUUCGGUUAAAAAAAAACAAAAAACUUCCCUUAGCAAAUAGGAAAUGGUAAACGGACUGAUUCUUAUUUAGCACUUUUCUACUCUGCCUGAACAUUCAAAGAAUUUGCCUGUGGUUAUUUCAUCUGUAAUCACUUGAAGUUGUGGGAUGUGAUUCACUUGGAAUGGUCUGUAUUCAGUAUGUCGCUUCCAGUGUUCAUGGAGCUUUAGCACCAUUAGCACCAUUCUAGUGGGAUGAAAACAAUGCAACUACUAUAUACUUAGUAGUAUACUAGUGUCACAAUAAUCUUAUAGACUUGUUAU